AUGGCGUCGGCGCGAGACGCGCGCCGCGGCGGCGGCGGCGGCGGCGUGUGGUCGCUCUUCCGCAGCAAGUACCUGUACCUUUACGCGUUCGGUUCUUUCAGCAACGGCCUCUUCAUCAGCCUGCGCGGACCGAUCAUCCCCGAGCUCGCGCGACGCGUCGGACGCGAGCCCGCGGCGCUCGGGACGUACCUCGGCCUGGGCGGCGUCUCCGGCGGCGUCUUCGCGCUCCCGACCGGGUACUUCCUCGACCGCGUCGACGCGCACGCCGUCUUCAUCACCGGGGUGGUGACGCGCGCGCUCUCCGUCGGCGUCAUGCCGUGGUGUGACGCGCUGUGGCAGGUGAACGUCCUGUCCGUGGUCCAGGGCGCGACGCUCCCGAUGAUCGGCGUGUCCAUCCGCAUGUGCCUCACCAGACGCUUCGGCGCGGCGAAAUGCGCGCCCGCGCUGAACUUCACGAUGGGCGCGUUCGGGCUCGCGUCGAUCCUCGCGCCGCUCCUGUACGCGGGGCUCUCGGAGCUGUAUCCGAGCCGCGGGUUUGAGCUGACGUUUCUGGUCGCGGGAAUCGUAUACCUCGCGCUCGCGGCGGCCGUCGCGUCGACGAAGGCGCCGAAAGAGAUCGACGACGACGACGACGAGGACGAGGAGGAUCUAGAGGAGGAGGAGGAGGAGAUAGAAAAAUAUGAUGAGGAAGACGGCGACGGCGACGAGGAGCUCGCGUCGCCGACGCGGAUGCGAAGCCCCGUGCGGCGGCGGCUGCUCCUGAGCGACGAGGCCGUCGCGGCGGUCGAAGCGCCGCCGCCGCCGCCGCCGCCGCCGCGGCGCGUCGCCGCCACGUCGGUGCUCCUCCCCAUGGUCCUCUACAUGUCCUUCGCGGUCUCCCUCGAGGUCACGUACGGGAGCUGGAUAUACACGCUGUCGCAAGACGAGGACGGUCUCGGGGACGGCGCCGCCGCGGCGUUGACGUCGUCGCUGUGGGCGUGGUUCACGCUGACGCGAUUCGCGCUGUCGUUGCUAAACGCGUCGCCGCUGCGCGUGAUCCUCGCGUCGCAUCUCGUCGCGCUCGCCGCGCUCGGAUGGCUCGCGACGUGGUGGUCACACGCCGCGCCCUGGAGCACCCUAAACCCUAAUGAUAACAACCCUAAGCGCGGCGGCGGCGUCGUGUUGUGGGCGACCACGGCGCUCGUCGGCGUCGGCUGCGCGGGGAUGUUUCCCAACGGCAUCGCGCACGCGCGGACGUUCUUCCCCCUCACCGGCUUCUCGCAGUCGCUGUUCGAGCUCGGCGCGGCGACCGGCGCGGGCGUCGGGCCGUACGUCGGCGCGGCGUUGUACGCGCGCACCGGGAAAGUCGGCGUCGUCCCGGCGAGUUGCGCCGCGGCGGGGGUCGCGGCGCUCGCGGCGCUCGCGUGCGCGACGGCGGCGAAGGCGCGCGAGCGAAGGCGCGAGCGCGGCGGGACCGGGACUGUUGUCGCGAAGGCGGACGACGGCGAGGGGCUCGCGGAGCCUCUGUUGGGGGUGGGCGGCGGUAGAGAUGGCGGCGAAGAGGACGCCUAG